UCAUACCCUUUUUCCGGCCUGUGCGUUCCACCUUACUUCCGGGUUUUGUGUUCAACACAAAGGAAGUGAGUUUUCAUAGCUUCCUGCAGCCUCCCAGUGACAGUGUCCGUCGAGAUCAGGAGGGGGAGUAUAUAGAGGAACACAGGGGUCUGUACAAGGACGUGAUGAUGGAGAAUCACCGGCCCUUCACAUCACUGGAUGGGCCCAGGAACAGAGAUACCCCAGAGAGAUGUCCCCGUCCUCUGUAUUCCCAGGACUGUACAGAGGAGAAUCACAGGAUCCCACAGGAGGAGCAGUGUGAAGCGCUGUCUAAUAUAAAUGUUGAAGAUAAUGAAGAGGAUGAAGAGACGUAUGUGACUGAUAUGAAGGCAGAAGAUAUAGAGGGAGAAGAGACGUAUGUGACUGAUAUGAAGGCAGAAGAUAUAGCGGGAGGAGAAGAGACGUAUGUGACUGAUAUGAAGGCAGAAGAUAUAGAGGGAGAAGAGACGUAUGUGACUGAUAUGAAGGCAGAAGAUACAGAUGGAGAAGAAGAGACGUAUGUGACUGAUAUGAAGGCAGAAGAUACAGAGGGAGAAGAAGAGACGUAUGUGACUGAUAUGAAGGCAGAAGAUACAGAGGGAGAAGAAGAGACAUAUGUGACUGAUAUGAAGGCAGAAGAUAUAGAGGGAGAAGAAGAGACGUAUGUGACUGAUAUGAAGGCAGAAGAUACAGAGGGAGAAGAAGAGACGUAUGUGACUGAUAUGAAGGCAGAAGAUAUAGAGGGAGAAGAAGAGACGUAUGUGAGGGGGGAUCAGCAGUGUAAGGAGGAGGAAAUCCCUACAGAUAUCAGCACAGAUGGACCUAGUAACAGAGAUACCCCAGAGAGAUGUCCCCGUCCUCUGUAUUCCCAGGAUUGUACAGAGGAGAAGCCCAGGAUCCCACAGGAGGAUCAGGCUGACGGUCUGACUGAUAUCAAGGUAGAAGAUAUAGAGGGAGAAGAAACAUAUGUGACUGAUAUGAAGGCAGAAGAUAUAGAGGGAGAAGAAGAGACGUAUGUGACUGAUAUGAAGGCAGAAGAUAUAGAUGGAGAAGAAGAGACUUAUGUGACUGUUAUGAAGGCAGAAGAUAUAGAGGGAGAAGAAGAGACGUAUGUGACUGAUAUGAAGACAGAAGAUAUAGAGGGAGAAGAAGAGACGUAUGUGACUGAUAUGAAGGCAGAAGAUAUAGAGGGAGAAGAAGAGACGUAUGUGACUGAUAUGAAGGCAGAAGAUAUAGAGGGAGAAGAAGAGACGUAUGUGACUGAUAUAAAGGCAGAAGAUAUAGAGGGAGAAGAAGAGACGUAUGUGAGGGGUGAUCAGCAGUGUAAGGAGGAGGAAAUCCCUACAGAUAUCAGCACAGAUGGAUGUAACGGCAGGAAUAUCUCGAAGGAAAAUCUAAUCUUUUCUCCAGUUUUUGAAAUAGAAGAUGAUGACAUCAAACAAGAUUCUCUGGGGGGAAAAAACCUCAAUACCCCAAUUAUACAUCCAGUACCUCACAGUGCAGAUGUAUCAUCUGAUCCUACUUCUAAUGAGGAACGUUCUCCUGGUACAUCAAGUACAGCUCUUAGAGUAGAUAAAAUAUGUCCCUCUUUUAUAGAUGCCAAAUGCUCUACAGAGAACACAAAGCUUAUUACCCAUCAGCCAGCUAAGGCAUGUGAGAGUUCGUUUCCAUGCACUGAGUGUGGGAAAUGUUUUUCAAAAAAAUCAUCUCUUGUUAGACAUAAGAAGAAGAGACUUAAAACAAGUGAGAAGCCAUUUGCAUGUUUUGACUGUGGGAAAUAUUUUACAUUGAAAUCAUCUCUUGUUGACCAUCAGAAACAUCACACAGGUGAGAAGCUAUUUCCAUGUUCUGAGUGUGAGAAAUGUUAUACACGAAAAUCACAGCUUGUUAUACAUCAGAGAAGUCACACAGGUGAGAUGCCAUUUCCAUGCUCUGAAUGUGGAAAAUGUUUUGCACAGAAAUCACAUCUUGUUAGGCAUCAGAGAAGUCACACAGGUGAGAAGCCAUUUCCAUGCUCUGAGUGUGGGAAAUGUUUUUCAUGUAAACCACAUCUUGUUAGCCAUCAGAGAAGUCACACAGGUGAGAGACCAUUUCCAUGCUCUGAGUGUGGGAAAUGUUUUUCAUGUAAAUCAAAUCUUGUUACACAUCAGAGAAGUCACACAGGUGAGAGGCCAUUUUCAUGCUCUGACUGUGGGAAAUGUUUCACACAAACAUCAAGUCUUGUUACACAUCAAAGAAGUCACACAGGCGAGAGACCAUUUCCAUGUUUUGACUGUGGGAAAUGUUUUUCAUGUAAAUCAGAUCUAAUUAAUCAUCAGAGAAGUCAUGCAGAUUAGCUGUUGUCAAGUUCUGAUUGUUGGAAAUGUUAGAAAUGAGAUGGUUCACAAAUACUUCCUUUACACUGGAGAAAUGUGUUUACAAGUGAAAUUUAUUUCUAGAAAAACUUAAUUAAGAAUAGUAUUUCUUCUGACCUGGGUGCUUCAUUGACCUCUGUUUCAUGACCCAGAAGGUGAAUAAUCAUAGCUUGUAUUACUGUCCUUGCUGUAAUUGUCAUAUUUUUUGUUUUUAUAUUUGUAAUUUUUUAUUCUGCAGUGUGUAGACACUAGGUACAGGGGUCAAGGCAGUAACAGAGUGCUCUCAUCUAAUAAUAGACCAUAAUAUCAGACCUGACACAAGUUCCUGCCACCAACCUCCUCCCCUCUAUGUAAUACCUAUUAUAUGCUGCAGGGGGCAGGUGACCAGAGCAAUGGGAGGAUAUAACAGGUAUAUCAGAGAGUUAUGUGCUAGAGAGAGAUAAAAGCUCAGUCACACACCAUUAGGACACAUCACCAGUGAGGGGUAAGGACUGUCCUAUUUGUGGUGUCCCCAGUAUGUGUAUAUAUCUGUGUAUGUUAUUAUAUGCUGCAGGGGGCAGGUGCCCAGAGCAAUUGGAGGAUAUAACAGGUAUAUCAUAGAGGUAUGUGCCAGAGAGAGAUAAAAGCUCAGUCACACACCAUCAGGACACAUCACCAGUGAGGGGUAAGGACUGUCCUAUAUGUGGUGUCCCUGGUGCUCCUGAUGGUGUCCCCAGUAUGUGUAUAUAUCUGUAUGUAAUACCUAUUAUAUACUGCAGGGGGCAGGUGACCAGAGCAAUGGGAGGAUAUAACAGGUAUAUCAGAGAGGUAUGUGCUAGAGAGAGAUAAAAGCUCAGUCACACACCAUCAGGACACAUCACCA